GAGAUGUGCGCGCGCAUGCCCCGAAACGGCUUCCGGGACGCCUGCGGUCGGACUUCUUCCUCUAACAAGAUGGCGGCAGGAAGCAGCGGCGGUAGCGGGAGGCGCGCCUCAAAAAGCGAGGCCGAUUCGGGCUUCUUGGGGCUGCGGCCCACGUCGGUGGACCCGGCGCUGAGGCGGCGGCGGCGAGGCCCCCAAAAUAAGAAGCGGGGCUGGCGGAGGCUCGCUCAGGAGCCGCUGGGGCUAGAGGUGGACCAGUUCCUGGAGGACGUGCGGCUGCAGGAGCGCACGAGCGGUGGCUUGGUAUCAGAGGCCCCGGAUGAAGAACUCUUCUUCGUGGACACCGGUCCCAAGAGAAAAGAGCUGAACGAGAAGAGGACCAAAGGCCAGAGGAGGUCACUGCUUCUCAAGAAGCCCCUUCGCGUGGACCUCCUCCUGGAGAACACCUCCAAGGUCCCUGCCCCCAAAGACAUCCUCGCCCACCAGGUCCCCAACGCCAAGAAGCUCAAGCGGAAGGAGCAGCUAUGGGAGAAGCUGGCGAAGCAGGGCGAGCUGCCCCGGGAGGUGCGCAGGGCCCAGGCGCGGCUCCGCAACCCUCCAGCGGCCAGGGUCAAGCCAGGGCCUCAGGACACCAUUGAGCGGCCCUUCUACGAUCUCUGGGCCAAAGACAACCCUCUGGAGCGCCCCUUGGCUGGCCAGGACCCCUUUUUCCUGGAGCAGACCAAGAAGAAAGGCGUGAAGCGGCCGCCGCAUCUCCAUGCCAAGCCCUCCCAGGUGCCUGCUGUUGAGGUGACCCCGGCCGGAGCCUCCUACAACCCAUCCUUCGAGGACCACCAGACCCUGCUCUGGGCGGCCCACGAGGUGGAGCUGCAGCGGCAGAAGGAGGCGGAGAAGCUGGAGCGGCAGCUGGCCCUGCCCCCCGCCGAGCAGGCCGCCACCCCGGAGUCGGCCUUCCAGGAGCUGUGCCAGGGGCUGCUGGAGGAGUCGGAUGGGGAGGAGGAGCCGGGCGAAGGCCGGGAGGAGGGAGCGGGGGCCGGAGGAGCCGAGCCCGGAGGAGCCGAGGCCUCGCCUGUCCCCAGCCGCCCGGCUGCCUCGGAGAAGAAGACGGAGCAGCAGCGGCGGCGGGAGAAGGCUGCACGGACCCUGCGGGUGCAGCAAGCUGCGGUGCGGACUGCCCGGCUGCGACACCAGGAGCUCUUCAGGUUGCGUGGGAUCAAGGUGCAGGUGGCGCGGCGGCUGGCCGAGCUGGCACGGCGGCGGGAGCAGCGGAGGGCCCGGCGGCUGGCUGAGGCGGACCGGCCCCGCAGGCUGGGGCGGCUCAAGUACCAGGCCCCCGACAUCGACGUGCAGCUCAGCUCGGAGCUAUCAGGGUCGCUCAGGACCCUGAAGCCCGAGGGCAACAUUCUCCGUGACCGGUUCAAGAGCUUCCAGAAGAGGAACAUGAUCGAGCCUCGGGAGCGAGCCAAGUUCAAGCGCAAGUACAAGGUGAAGCUCGUGGAGAAGCGGGCCUUCCGCGAGAUCCAGUGAGUGGCGCUACCCUUCUCCUCCGUGGUGGUGGCCGCCGGGGCCUGGGGUCCAUCCCCAACCUGGUAACUGGCCAGUGGUUGAGUGAUGCGCCCCCGGCCAGGCCCGGGAGACAGUCAGCUCACCAGCAGCACCUGCGCCCAGAGUGGAAACGGAAGGGCCGGAACCAGAGGGCGGGGUCCAGCGAGCAAGGACGCGGGGCCCCCUCCACCCUCGUGCGUCCUCAGCCCCUUCUCUGUCCCCAGGUUAUAGCCGCUGCGCCAUGCUGGAGCCCCCACCCCUCAAUAAAGCCCCCCUGACCCCCACCUCGAGCCUGCGUGUGCCUCGUCUGCCUCUGCGGGCAGCUUCUGUCUGUCUGUCCCCCUCUAGCGCAGGAGGACAUGGGUACCAGGACAUUCCAACAAGGCCUGUGAGAACCGGGGGGUUGCGGGGCCGUCCAGCAUCCCAGGAGUGAGCAGCGUCUGGAAGAGUGUGGAGCGAUGGCCUGCGGGCUGACCAGGGUCGGGGGAGCGAGGCCAGGGUCCUCGCCUGCGUGUCCGGCAGGGGGAGGAGCCUGCUCCUGGCCCCAGGGAGCGGGAGGCACAUCUUGGGUCCAGCUGUGUCACAUGGGUGUGGCCGCAGCUCAGGUUGGCCGAGUGCCUGCUGGGCCUUUAGGCCGAUGGAGGCCCUCAUGAGCCCUCACGACAGCUGGGCGAGGGGGUGGGCGUACCCCAUCGCGAGGCAGGAGACCGAAGGCGACACAGAGGGCUGACUUUCCUCUCCUCCGCUCCUGUGACUCCAUUAAAAACGUUUAAACCUUG